AUGGCGCCAAGAUCUUCAAGACUGGGAGUUUCGUCGUCUGUAGUACGCAGUUCUUAUCAGAUGAUAAGCGGCAGUUCAGUAGUGGCGUCAUUCUCUUCUGCCUAUUCUGCAAUGACGUCAUAUCAGUCCGACGAUAUUUACCAUGGUGUGACGCCAUCUUUCGAAACAAUGACAUUAUCUAAUGCAGACCACUCUUCCGAUAUUACCACGUCGUCUGAUCAUUUUGUCAGUACAUCAAAUAAUGCAAAGACCAUAACAACCGUCGCAGAAGCCAUGACAACAGAGGCAGAAGACACAACAACCGAGGCAGGAAACACAACAACCGAGGCAGGAAACACAACAACCGAGGCAGAAGAAGCAGGAGACACGACAACCGAGGCAGAAGAAGCAGAAGACACGACAACCGAGACAGAAGAAGCAGGAGACACAACAACCGAGGCAGGAGACACGACAACCGAGGAAGAAGAAGCAGGAGACACUACAACCGAGGCAGGAGACACGACAUCCGAGGCAGGAAACACAACAAUCGAGACAGAAGAAGCAGGAGACACGACAACCGAGACAGAAGAAGCAGGAGACACGACAACCGAGACAGAAGAAGCAGGAAACACAACAACCGAGACAGAAGAAGCAGGAGACACGACAACCGAGGAAGAAGACACGAGACACUAA